AUGAAUCACAGCGUUGUAACUGAGUUCAUUAUUCUGGGCCUCACCAAAAAGCCUGAACUCCAGGGAAUUAUCUUCCUCUUUUUUCUCAUUAUCUAUCUUGUGGCUUUUCUCGGCAACAUGCUCAUCAUCAUUGCCGUAAUCUAUAACAACACCUUGCAUAUGCCCAUGUGUAUUUUCCUUCUGAUGCUGGCUGUUGUGGACAUCAUCUGCACAACAAGCAUCACACCUAAGAUGCUGGGGACCACGCUAACAUCAGAAAAUACCAUUUUAGCAGACUGCAUGUCCCAGCUCUUCUUCUUCACAUGGUCUCUGGGAGCUGAGAUGGUUCUCUUCACCACCAUGGCCUAUGACCGCUAUGUGGCCAUUUGUUUCCCUCUUCAUUACAGUACUAUCAUGAACCACCAUAUGUGUGUAGCCUUGCUCAGCAUGGUCAUGGCUAUUGCAGUCACCAAUUCCUGGGUGCACACAGCUCUCAUCAUGAGGCUGACUUUCUGUGGGCCAAACACCAUUGACCACUUCUUCUGUGAGAUACCCCCAUUGCUGGCUUUGCCCUGCAGCCCUGUAAGAAUCAAUGAGGUGACGGUGUAUGUUGCUGAUAUCACCCUGGCCAUAGGGGACUUUAUUCUUACCUGCAUCUCCUAUGGUUUUAUCAUUGUUGCUAUUCUCCAUAUCCGCACAGUAGAAGGCAAGAGGAAGGCCUUCUCAACAUGCUCAUCCCAUCUCAUAGCGGUGACCCUUUACUAUUCUGUAAUCUACACCUAUAUCCGCCCUGCUUCCAGCUAUACAUUUGAAAGAGACAAGGUGGUAGCUGCAGUCUAUACUCUUGUGACUCCCACAUUAAACCCGGUGGUGUACAGCUCUAGGGAGAUGCAGGCAGGAAUUAGGUAGGUGUUUGCAUUUCUGAAACACUCAUAG